CAAGAUAACCAAAAGUUGACCGAAAAGUUUAAUGUGGUGAAUAAAGAUUACCAAGAUUUACAAACUGAAUUUCAGAAAGAGAAAAAUACUCGGCAAGAAGCAGAAAGUUCGGUUAAUAAACUUGAAACUAAACUAACCCAAGUUAACAAGAAACUUAACAAUUUGGCUAAAGAUUAUAAUAAACUUAGUGCUAACAAAAGGAGUACGGAUAAGAGAUUUGAAUCUGCAAUUGUAAGAUUAAAAACCGAAAGCAAAGAUUAUAAGAAGCAAAGAGAUUUAAGACCAGAUAUUACUCUCACGGAUUAUCAGAAAUUAUUAAGUGAUAAAGAUAAUGCUGAAAAAAACUUAUUAAACGAGCGAAAAGAACACCAAAAAGUUAAAAACCAAUUUCAGGCAGAGAAGAAAAAUAGAGAGAGAAUUGAAAAAACUAAUCAACAGAAUUACGAUAAGUUAGUUUCUGAGCAGACGGAGCAUCAAAAAACUAAAGACCGGUUAGAGAAAAUUAACUUGGAUUUCAAUAAAGUUAAUUCAAAUUUAACUACUCUUCAAAAUGAUUAUCAGCAAACUAGUGAAGAAUUAAUUAAGAGCAAAGAGUUAAAUAUUGAGUUAGAGAAUAGUCGGCAGUCUUGGGAAACUAAGGCGAAAAUGAAAGAUGAACAACUCCAAGCGAAAAAUGAAGAUUACCGAAAAAUUUAUCAAGAAUUUGAGCAGGAGAAAUUUGACCAUAAAAGAACUAGAACCGAAUUGAAAAGUUUUCGAGACAACUUUCCUGAAAUUCGAAAUGAUUUAAUUGAAACUAAACAAAAAUUAACUGAAAAAAACCAAGACCUUAUUCAAACUCAAAAAAAUUUAACUGCUCUUCAAAUUACUCACCAAGAAACUAGCAAUAAAUUAGUUGAAAUUCAAGGGAAGUUAGAAACUAGUCAAACUAGUUUAAAUCGAGUUACUACUGAACUAACUAACUCCCAAAGCCAACUUAAAAAAUUAACUCGGCAAAAGAUUGAU